CGUCAAACAUGUAAACAAGGCAAAAUGGCAGCUUCCUUAACGAUAGCCGGAUCAAGCAGCACUGAAGACUUUUCAGCAGAUGAUACACUGUCCCCACCUGGCAUAGCUCAGCUUCCCUGUGAGAUCGUGGAACACAUACUGUGCAGCGGCAGCCUCGGCCAUGAGGAUAUCGUUAGUAUGAGCUGUACGUGCCGGCGGCUAAGGGAUGCGUGUGCUGGGCGGGGGAAAGUCUGGAGGCGACAGCUGUUUGACAGAUGGCCAUCUUUAAAGAAGUAUUACAGUCCCUUGGAUUCUUUGGACUGGAAGGAAGAGUACAAAACUCGACAUAAUGCGGGGAUAGCAACACACGCAACUGUGGCAUCCUUCACUAAGCAGCUUGUUGUAGAGCAUCGCAUUCCAUGUGAAAGUUAUAAUGAUCUGGAUAGUCUUGGAUAUCCUGCACAUUUUGUUGAGGAUGAGUUAUUAGCCAUCGUGAAUAGUGAAAACAGAAAAUGUUUGUCGCUGAAAUACUGCGCAAAGAAGCUCCUGUAUUUUAUGCGCCAGGAAGCAACAAUGUGCAGACUGAAAGACUUCCUUCAGCAACCUGUAGAGCAUCAGGACAUUUUAGAAGGUGCUGUCCUGAUUGACCAAUACUGUAACCCACUGGAAGAUGUGUGUCUUGAGAAAAUUCAGGCACAGAUAGAAAGUAUACUAAUCAAAGUUAAAGCUACUUUAAGUGCAAGAAAUACCAGACAUCCCAGCUUGUCUUUGCAGGCAGGUGGAAUGUGUUAUAUUGAAGAUGUGGAUUUGCAGCAACAGGCUCUGGAUUCUCUCAACCAUGUCCUCUUUGUUGAACAAAUGUUCAAGGGCAAUGUGGCGGAUUUCUAUAAUCCACUGAAUUCCUACAUCCACCAGGUUCUUAUCACCAAGACUGGUAUACCAAUCAGCCUCUCCGUAUUGUAUUUAACCCUUGCUAGUCACCUGGGGGUGGAGCUUGAGCCUGUCAAUUUCCCCCAUCAUUUCAUGCUCAGAUGGUGCCAAGGUCCUCCUGGGAGUUCGAACAUCUCAGACUAUCUUUAUGUUGAUGCAUUUGGUGGGGGCAGACGCCUGACUGCAAAAGAGUGUGAAUGCAUGAUUGGGCAACAUGUAACAGAAGAAUUCUAUGCAGCUGUCAAUACCAAGGAAGUCAUGCAGCGCAUGGUGGGAAACCUUCUCAACCUUGGCAAAAGGGAAAGCAAAGACCGGAGCUUUAUGCUGCUCAGAGUGUCCUUGGAGCUUUACCUAGUGAUGUACCCAGACAGUGUUCAGCACCUGCUCCUCCAGGCCAGGCUGUACUUCCACCUAGGAAUAUGGCCAGAAAAGGUCCUGGACAUCCUGCAGAACAUCCAGGCACUGGACCCUUCACAGCAUGGUGCUGUUGCUUACCUAGUCCAGCAUACUCUGGUGCAUAUAGAGAAACGGAAAGAAGAGAAUGCACUUGAUUGCAAACUGCGGUCCAAUGAGAACCAAGUCUCCUACUCCAUAGGGCUUGUUGUCCGGCACAAGAGGUAUGAUUACAGCGGUGUCAUUUUUGGCUGGGAUCCUUUUUGCAUGAUGCCACCAGACUGGAUUGACAACAUGGAUAUACACAGCUUGUCUCAAGGAGCUGACCAAGCAUUUUAUAACGUGUUGCUGGAAGAUGGCUCCUGCAGUUAUGUAGCACAAGAGAAUCUUGAGCCCCAUCCGUCACCAAAAGAAAUCCGCCACCCUGAGAUUGGUCUUUACUUUUCCGAAUUUACGGGAACAUACUACAUUGCAAAUGAAAACCUACAGCUGCAGUACCCAGAGGACCCAGAAUUCACUCUCUCCUUUCAUCAGACCUCAGAUGAACAGUCUAAUUCUCCCCAGCAUGAAUCCUGAAGCACAUGUUCUUGUAUUACUUUUCUACGCACGUGUACGCAGUCCUGCUACUACAGGAUACGUCAGAGGUAAAAAAAAGCUGCUGUUUCAAGUCGGAGGCAGCUUGGGUCAAGAUAAAUUGGUGCUGCAGCAGGAAUAAGCUGCAAAAUAGCAUUAAAUACAUUUCUAAACUCA